AUGAUACUAAUACUGUUUUCCAUGUUCUGUUUACUCGUCGCUGCACAACGAGAUCCGCCAGGAUACACACUUACUCCGCUCAAACCAUGGAAGCCAGAAAAUCCGACUAGGAGUGGAGGCUGGUCUAAAGGUGGAACGAAAGGCCCACGCGCCCCGCCAAGCAGCGGUGGCUCCUCUAGCGGUGAAACGAAAGGCUCACGCAGUCCAUUGGGCAGCAGUGGUUCACGUGGCAUAAAAAAGGGCCGUCUGUAA